UACAGUAGUCACAUUUAAGGUAUUAUGAGUGAAGUAAACGACAAAGUUGUAAUUGUUACGGGCGGUGCUAAUGGCAUCGGUGCGUUUAGUGUUGAAGUAUUUAUUGAAAAUCAGGCCAAGCAUGUUGCCAUCCUGGACAUCGACACAAUUUCCGGAUUCAAAUUGGAAAAACAUUUAAAUACUAAAUAUGGAGAUGGAAAAGUAAAAUUUUACAAAUGCGAUGUCUCUAUUGAUGAUCAAUUGUUUGGUGCGUUUAAUAAAGUUCUAGACAGCCAUGGUUAUAUUGAUGUAGUUGUGAAUAACGCUGCUGUUUCGUUGGAAAAUUCUCUUGAACGUAUUCGAAGAUUAGUUGACAUAAAUGUUACCGCCUUGGUCAUGAGCACAUUGAAAGCUAUCGAAAUAAUGCGUGUAGAUAAAACAGGGAAAGGCGGUACGAUUAUAAACAUCUCGUCUAUAGCAGCGCUCAAACAAUUUUGUCCCAGUGUCUUUGUUUACUGCGGCACGAAGAGCGCAGUCUUACAGUUCAGUAAUUGUAUUGGAAAACAAGAAUAUUUUUCUAAAACAGGCGUAAGAGUAAUAACGGUGUGCUACGGUCCAACAGACACUGACUUAGUUCCGUUGAUGAUCAAUAUCGAUGACAGCAUCAAUCCUGAAAUUCGCUCUAACAUUGAUGCCCAGAAAUUACAAACGGCGGAAUCAGCGGCACGUGGUCUCCUGGAAGCCUACAAGAAUGGUGCGAGCGGUAGUACUUGGCUUGUAUUUGACAGCAAAGUUACAGAAAUCACAUCUAAUAUAGACAGAGCCUACGAUAUAAUGUCGGAAAAUUUUACUAAGUAGUUCAGAGUCCUAUUAUUGUUUCGUUAUCGACAUAAUUCAUAUUCAACAGUUUUAAACCAACGCACCUACAGAAUAGGUAAACUAUUCAAACUUUAGUUUUGUUUGCACUUUAGUACCUACUUCCUUAAUGUUGAUACUGUUUUGAGAAUUGGUGGGAAAUAAACAAAAUAAAUACCUAA